GAGUGGUAGGAGGCAGACGAUGGUCACGAGCGAGGGUUCGUCGAGUCCACCUCCACCGCCUCCACCUCCGCUUCCUCCAGGUUCAAGGCAUACUCUCGGAUCUCCUAGGAACUCGCCUCGAAUGACCAGAAGACAUCAACAAAUUUCCGCUUCUUUGGCAACAACGCCUACCCAGAGUACCCAGAAUGCUCUGAGCCCUGAAUUUGGCGCGGAAGGACUUCCUUCCAGUGGUUCCAGACCCAGUGGUCUCGACAGGGUACUUUUGGAGCGAAAUCUUGAGAGACUGUUACAGGAACGCGGCUCUCAUCCUGACGAAAACUGUAAUGAGUUGGGAAGGCUGAUGCAAGCGCGGGAUCGGGAGCCUUUGAGAUGCAUCCAGAAUUGCACACCUACUCACGCAUCAAGUAUGCCAGAACUGCCACCACCUCCGCGGCCAUCGUCGGGAGCAUCGGCAUCAAUAUCAACAUCGACCGCCGGCGCAACGUCCGCCGGCGUACUGUCGCAAGAGCCGGCGACGUCACCGGCCAAUCCCGGGAUUGGAGCCAGCCAGACGGAUCCGCCGACGCCAACGUCGAGACGCGUGCGAUUCCAAGGGGAUCUAGAUGUCAACGAUCACAGCGCGACAUCGCGCAUCCCUCUCUCGCCAACAAACGAUCGGAAUUCGUCAUCAUCGCCCUCGCCCACGUCGCUGUCGAGAGCAAACGUGUCACGAUCAAGAAGUCUGCAGCCCGAGGAAGUCGCUAGCACGUCUUGGGGAAUGGCAAGCACGUCUAGGUCGAGAAUGGACGGCGAGGAUGACGACGCCGAGAGCUGUUGCUCGACGUGCAGCUCAUCCAGUAGCUCGGACGAGGCCGCGGCUUACGCACUACCACCACGACGAGCCUACGGCGGCGUCCGGAUUUCUUACGUGCCAAACGACGCAGUAGCGUGCGCGCGAAAACGCGCGCCCGCUUCCUCGUCGUCAUCGAAUCAAGCUCAGAGAGACACCGAAAAAUGCAUCAUAUCUUGAUAACUCCUUCGGUACUCUAUGAGUUUUGACCUCGUCGUUAUGAUAAUUAGGAGGACUACAAACAUACGACGUUCGAGAAAGAGUUCCUACGAAGUGGAUGCACUUUUCGAUAUCUUUCAAAGCGUUGUCGACGCCUGCAGCAUCGCAGCACGUCUUACACGCAUGCCAAACAUAUGGUCGUGUACGACAAAUUGAAAAUAAUACUCAUUUCAUUUCUGUAAAUAUUGUAAGCUCUCUUCCGGGGCACGCGAUCGUUAGCGAGCCGCCACAAUCCAAUGAUCGCAUCCCUUUAUUUUUAAUACCCUAUUAAUGUAUUUGAUAAUAAUAAUAAUGAUAAUGAUAAUAA